UGUCUGCUCAGCACGGGAACAUUAUACAACCACGCUUUCCCUUCGCGCUGCAAUCAGCUGGACACGCCCACGGGUGACAUCACGCUCUCCCGAUUACAUCUUAGUCACAUGGCUGUGACAUCAUGACUUCCUGAAUGGCAAUAGAGUAGAAUGGUUCCCCGGAGAAUAGAAAUGCUGACAACGACAUCACUGCACAAGGAAGGGAUUACAGGAGGCUGCAGCUGAUCUAAAAUUCCCAGCAUUUCUUUAAGAACUGGAAGCAUGCUGGUUACUUCUUCCUGCUGAUGUCCAAGACUACAGUCACCUGAUUGAAAAAGUAUAACAUAUUAAACGUCACUUCAAGCUUAAUUGCUAACUCGUUUUAGAGAAAGAGAGAAUAUAAAAUUUGCUCAGGGAGCCAUUUGCUUCCCAAAGUGUUUAAAACACCUUUAACUGCACAAUGCACCAGAAGUUGCUGAAGAGCGUCCACUACAUAGAGCUUGGAAGCUACCAGUAUUGGCCCGUCCUCCUUCCCCGGGGUAUCAGACUCUAUACUUAUGAACAGAUUCCUGUUUUCCUUAAGGACAAUCCAUAUAUUACUGAUGGCUACAGAGCUUACCUUCCAUCCAAGUUAUGUUUGAAAAGCCUCUUCAUUUUGUCCAAUGAAACAGUAAAUAUUUGGAGCCACCUGCUGGGUUUUCUUCUCUUCUUCACUUUGGGUGUGUAUGAUAUGCUAUCAGUGUUGCCAUCUGCAAAUGCAUCCAGGGAAGACUUUGUUAUCUGCUCAAUUUGUCUCUUUUGUUUUCAGGUCUGCAUGCUAUGCUCAGUGGGCUAUCAUCUCUUCUGCUGUCAUCGGUCGGAGAAAACAAGCCGUCGCUGGAUGGCAUUAGAUUAUGCAGGGAUUUCGAUUGGCAUCUUGGGCUGCUAUGUCUCUGGAGUGUUUUAUGCUUUCUACUGUAACAAUUACUGGCGGCAAGUGUAUUUAAUCACUGUACUGGCUAUGAUUUUGGCAGUGUUCUUUGCUCAAAUUCACCCUAGCUACCUCACCCAACAAUGGCACAGGCUACGCUCUGUUAUAUUCUGCUCUGUGUCUGGCUACGGAAUAAUUCCUACAGUGCACUGGAUCUGGUUAAAUGGAGGUGUUGGAACUUCAGUUGUUCAAGAAUUUGCUCCACGAGUAAUUGUCAUGUACAUAAUUGCAGCUGUUGCUUUCCUGUUCUACAUUUCAAAAGUGCCAGAAAGAUAUUUUCCAGGACAAUUGAACUACCUUGGCUCAAGCCAUCAACUGUGGCAUAUACUUGCAGUUAUUAUGUUGUAUUGGUGGCAUCAGUCUACAAUAUACAUCAUGCAAUACAGACAUAGCCAGCCCUGCCCGACGCAUUCAGAGUGAAGCUGAGUGACCUGUAUACUGGACCCUGUAAAACACAUUAAAUGAGCGUCUUUAAAACAAAUGGAAUUUGUUGGAGCGCCAUGAAUUAUUCUCGUGGGAAACUGAUGUUUAAAGAUGCCAAGGAUAAGGAGUGACGCAAAACAGGUUAUUUUGAUUUCUUUGACAUGCUUUAAAAGGAUAUUGAAAAACUGUGCUACGCCAGUGACUAUCAUCUUUGGAUUGGAAAGAAUGUGCAAUUGCUUCUGUCAGGGAAGAAUUGUAUUUAAGAUGACAGAACAGUGUUAAACUGACCAACUAAAUAUGCAAUCUUUUGCAGACUGCUGUGGUCAAGCAUUCCUUUUCUAUUUAUCUCUCUGAACUUCUAGUUAUAAAGCUUAUUCAGUGCUUCAGAAAAAAACAACUUUGCGCCAAGGUACAUUUGUUAUCUGCUAUAAUAUGCAUGCAGUGCUUUGAAGCGGUUAUAACUGUGAAUGUUAACAUGAGGUAUUGUAAAUACUUAUAAAUGACAAGCUGACAUCUUGGAUGGAGAAACCCAACCCCGACAUACUGUAGUAAUGUAUGAAACAGUUUUCAUCUACAUCUAGACAUAAAUGUAAAUACAUUGCUGAAGUGUCUUGAUUUUAAAUUGGGAUGAGAGUAGGUCAGGCGUGACCAAAGCUGUUUGAGUAUGAUGUUUGCUAUUUAAAAACAAUGUAUGAUAGGUGCCAGUGCCACUUUUUUACAGAGUACAGAGGAUGACUGUGAACCAACUUAAAUAGCGUUGUAAUCAGUUUUUGGGUUUGGAAUCAAGUUCUGUGCAUCCUUUAUCAUACUACUAAUUGCAAAUGCUGCUACUGGAGUAAUAGCAGUUACAGUAUGCCUGAAUGUGGGUAGAAACAAUAGCCAAAGUGCAAAAAAUAGGGCACUUGAUAAAUGUGGCCUUUAUGUUAAGCUUUCAAACAAGUAUUUAUUGGGCUUGCAAUUAUUCUGAUGCCGAUAGUGAUCCUAACUUUUAAUAUGAUGUAGAGAGUGAUAUUCUGAGACAAUUUGUAAUUGGUUUUUAAUUUUUAUUAUUUAAGGUUUUUGAGUUAUUUAGCUUUUUAUUCAGCUGCUCUUCAAUUUGCAUUUUAAGCAAUUUGGUAGCUAGGGUCCAAAUUAUCCUAGCAACCAUGCAUUGAUUUUGAAUAAGAGACUGGAAUAGGAGAGGGUCUGAAUAGAAGGAUGAGUAAUAAAAAUUUGCAAUAACAAUACAUUUUAAGCCUUACAGAGCAUUUGCUUUAUAGAAAAGAUCAGCGACACCCAUUUGAAAGCUGCAAAGAGUCAGAAGAAAAAGGCAAAUAACUAUAAAACUAUAAAUAAUGAAAACCAAUUGAAAAGUUGGUUAGCAUUGGCCAUUCUAAAACAUACUAAAAGUUACUUUAAAGGUGAACCACCCCUUUAAUUGGGAAGAUUAAAUAAAUGACCUGUAACUUACUGUCAUGAGAAUUACAGUAAACACUUUGUAAAUAAUAGUUCAUGGAGAGUGAAUAGACAGUAAUAAACUGAGCACUCCUGAGACUUUAUAAAUGGUGAAAAAUAAAAAGAAAAUAUUCAGUCAACAUUUUAGUCCCUCAAGUGAACAUUCCAACAACCAAACCAAACCACCUACCAUUCCCCAAAACGUUUAUGUACCACCAGUGCAAUUUUGGAGGUAGAACUCCCAGUGAUGACAUCAAAGUAAACCGGAUGCAUCCUCAUGCUCAGAUAAGUAUUGGUGCCUGUAAGUGCAGUAUACAUAAAAAUAUCAUAAUUAACGGUGCAUAUUAAUCUUUUGAUGAAUUAUUGAUGGAAUUUGUUAGUGCAAAUUAGUCCCCAGAAUUAAAGCUCCAGCAAUACCAUAAAACUGUUUUUAAAUGCUUUUACAAGUAAAAUGUCCUGCCCCUUGCCAACUUGUUCAUUCUAAGAAUAAUGAUCUUUUUUUUUUUUUCUUCAUUGCUUGUCACUGUAUGUACUCAUGAAUAUAUAUUUUUUAAAGUUCUGCUAAGCAACGCUUUUAGAUUUUUAGACUUUUUUUUAUAAAAGACCUAUAAAAUGUCUGCAGACACUAUGCAAGUAGCAAACACACUAGGGCUUAUUUAUAAACACUGGGCAAAGUUUCACCUGGGCAGUAACACAUGGCAACCAAUCAAAUGUUUGCUUUCAUUGUUCCACAUGCAGCUGGCUGAAAAAAUGUGGUUGCUAUGGGUUACUGACCAUGGGCAAAUGUGCCGUGUUUAUAAAUAAGCCCCACUGAAAUAAAACUAUGAUCAAAGAAAAGAUUUUUCAAUGGCAAUUAUGCUGGUUACUGGAAAUGGAGAAUCAUUUUCAUAAAAGCAUACUGUUUGCAAUUUCAGUCCAAAUGGCACUAGCAACCAUGCAUUGAUUUAAACUGGAAUAUGAAUAGGAGAGGGUCUGAAUAGAAAGAUGAGUAAUAAGUAGCAGCAAUAACUACAUGUAUAGCAUUUGUUUUUUAGAUGUGUCGGUGACCCCUAUUUGAAAGCUGGAAAGAAUCAGAAAAAGAAGGCAAAUAAUUCCAAAACUUUGUUUAAAAAAUAAUAAUAAAGACCAAUUGAAAAGUCGCUUCGAAUUGGCCAUUCUAUAACAUACUAAAUGUUAACCUAAAGGUGAAGUUUAAGACUGUUCACCAGAAUGUAGGGCAAAAGCACUUCAAUGAAGGUGGAGCAAGUGUAGUAAAGUGGCAAAGGAACAGAGUAAAAUUGCAUAAGAAAUUAGAGACCCUAUCACCAACUUUUUGAAAUCUAUUGACUUUUUCUAGACUUUGCUUGCCCCUUUACUCCUGAUCCUCUGUAUAGGUCAACAAAGCCAACAGUCUCAGUGUUUGGUAACAGCCUAUAUCUUUGGAUCCACUGAUCACUUUGACAAGCAGUUUUCGCUGACAGUCCUGCUUAUUUUUUCGGAGCUUCCAAGCUCAUGCUUCCCUAGUUUGGCAGCAGGGUCUCUUUUUAAAGGAGAACUAAACCCGCCCGUAUCAUAAGCCCCCCCCCCCAAGCUUAAAGGCAUUGCUCCCUCCCCUCGAUGUGCUUCAGUUUAAAAAAAAAAUUCCAUCAAAAAUUCUAACCCUUAAAUGCAGAGAAGUGCAGCUGAUCUUCGUGUUGUCUUCAGGUCUCAACGCCGCUUUGCACAUGCGCAGUUGAAACUGAUUCCUGACUUGGUCUAACUGUGCAUGCUAAGGCAGGCUUUGUGACGGUAAAGAGACCCAAAGACUACGCGAAAAGCUGCAAGAUUGUGACCAGGAGCUCCACUGUGCUUCUCUGCAUCUAAGGGUGAGAAUUUUUUAAAGUUUUUUUUUUUUAUAUAACACUAAACAGAUCAUGGGGAGGAGGGCUUCUGGUAGGGGGCAGUUUAGUUCUCCUUUAAGUAACUCAAUUUAUUUAACUACUAUUUAAACUGUAAGCCCUAUGGGGUAGGGUCCUCCAGCCUUUUGUCUGUGCAGUGCUUUGCCCUCAAGGAGAACUAUACAAAUAAAUAUACAUACAACUACAUUAGAUUCUCCUCAGGGUUGCUAGAUUUUCCCAUUUAUUUACUCCAUUUUGUUUACACAUAGCUUUACAGAUGCUUCUUCGCUUUUUAAAUUUUGAUUGAUUUCAGACCUAUUUAAUGAAAAAGGGUUGCACUGGUAGUCUGAUUCAUCCUUACCUCGUGUCUCUUAAAAUAAGUAAACAUAGGUAACAACAUUGUCUAAGAGGGUGUCGCAUAUUUAGGUUUUUGAUACCCUAAACUGGAUCUUAGAAAUUCCACACAGAGGAAAUAUAUAUACUAACUUCAUCUUUUGGUACAAGACUUAGGGCAACCAGUAAUAUAAUACAUUUUAUUGCGUAUAUUGCAGGCAUGUGAAAUGGAAGGGCCCCCCAUUAUUUUGGAAUGUCUUUUCCUCUCCAGUCAUUGUAUAUUGAAGUACAUACUAAAUACUCAUUACAAUAGACUUUGUUUUCAAUGAUGGUUUAUGAGAGCAAUCUGAUAAAAAAAUUAUGCCAUUAAUGUGAUAAGCAAGGGGCAAGCCAGUUAAUUGUUUUCUGUGUUGUGUUUUUGUGUAUUAUGUACAGUAAAAAAAACUAGCUGGAUGUUCAGUUUUAAUAAGUAAACAGAUUUUUGUGUGUCCUACUACUGCGUUUUAUAGUUUCAAUGAGUAAUGCUUGUGUAUUUAUUAAAUAUGUAAUGUAAACAACCCCCCCCAUGGAUGAGAAGUAUUUAUUGUUUUUAAAGGCGUUGUUCCAAAAACUAAUUAAAAACACAGUGCCUAACAAUU